CUUUACGUUUUGAGCUGCGAUCCCACAAAUUGCUUCCACGUGAGCCGCGCGCCAGUGGGCGGUGCGGCCUUUUUAAAAAAUAUAUAACUUCUUUUGCAGACCAGUGUAACGGCGCUUCUGCGAGUGGAAAUGAUGGAAGAGUUGCACAGCCUGGACCCCAGGAGGCAGGAGCUGCUGGAGGCACGCUUCACUGGCAUGGGAGUCGUCAAGACGCCAUUGAACGAAUCUUCCAACCAGAGUUUAUGCAGCUUGGGAUCUCUGAGUGACAAGGAGUCGGAGACACCGGAGAAGAAGCAGGGAGAGCAGCGGGGGAGGAAGCGGAAGGCGGACCUGUACAAUGAGGCUAAUCAAGGAAAAGGCACCCCCAGGGGGCAUAAAAUUAGUGAUUACUUUGAGUUUGCUGGUGGCAGUGGCACAGGAACAAGUCCCGGGCGGAGUGUGCCUCCAGUAGUGCGUUCGUCCCCACAACAUUCCUUAUCCUACCCCUCACCUUCUGUUCAACAAGGCAGCCCUUCAUCCCUGGGCUCGGCCAACACUGAGCAUUCCUGCAUUUCACUAAAGAUUAAUCUACAACACAAACUGUCCCAGACAGACUUCACACUGGAGAAGCUCACAGCCCUGGAAAACAGCAAAAAUUCAGACCUGGAAAAGAAGGAGGGGAGGAUAGACGAUUUACUCCGGGCGAAUUGCGAUUUACGAAGGCAAAUAGACGAGCAACAGAAAAUGCUUGAGAAAUACAAAGAACGGUUAAAUAAAUGUGUGAGCAUGAGCAAAAAGCUGCUAAUAGAGAAGUCGAAACAGGAGAAGCUCGCCUGUCGGGAUAAAAGUAUGCAGGACCGCCUGCGUCUGGGCCACUUCACCACCGUGAGGCACGGAGCCUCCUUCACAGAGCAGUGGACAGACGGAUACGCCUUUCAAAACCUUAUCAAACAGCAAGAGCGAAUAAAUGCACAACGCGAGGAGAUCGAGAGACAGAGAAAGCUGCUAGCAAAACGCAAGCCCCCGGCCAUGGGACAGAUGCUGCCAACCAACAACGAGCAGAAACAGAGGAAGAACAAAGCGAACGGAGCGGAAAAUGAAACGUUGACUCUAGCAGAGUACCACGAACAGGAGGAAAUCUUCAAGCUAAGAUUAGGACAUCUAAAAAAGGAGGAGGCUGAGAUACAGGCAGAGCUCGAGAGGUUGGAGCGAGUUCGCAAUUUACACAUCCGAGAACUCAAGAGGAUCCACAAUGAAGACAACUCACAGUUUAAAGACCACCCUACGCUGAACGACCGGUAUUUGUUGCUGCACCUACUGGGAAGAGGCGGCUUCAGUGAGGUUUACAAGGCGUUUGAUUUACAAGAACAGAGGUACGUAGCGGUAAAGAUUCACCAGUUAAACAAAACCUGGCGGGAAGAAAAGAAAGAGAAUUACCACAAACACGCCUGCCGAGAGUACAGGAUUCACAAGGAGCUCGAUCACCCCAGGAUCGUCCGGCUCUACGACUAUUUCUCGCUGGAUACAGAUUCGUUCUGCACGGUGCUCGAGUACUGUGAGGGCAACGACCUGGACUUCUACCUGAAGCAGCACAAGCUGAUGUCCGAGAAGGAAGGCCGCUCCAUCAUCAUGCAGGUCGUCAACGCUCUGAAGUAUUUGAACGAGAUUAAACCUCCCAUCAUCCACUAUGACCUCAAGCCAGGCAACAUCCUCCUAGUGAAUGGCACGGCUUGCGGCGAGAUCAAGAUCACGGACUUCGGAUUGUCUAAGAUCAUGGAUGACGACAGUUACAAUUCGGUGGACGGGAUGGAGCUGACCUCACAGGGAGCGGGCACGUACUGGUAUUUGCCACCAGAAUGUUUUGUUGUUGGCAAAGAGCCUCCGAAGAUCUCCAACAAGGUGGACGUGUGGUCUGUGGGUGUUAUUUUCUACCAGUGUCUGUAUGGACGCAAGCCGUUUGGUCACAACCAGUCGCAGCAGGACAUCCUCCAGGAAAAUACCAUUCUGAAAGCCACGGAGGUGCAGUUCCCUCAGAAGCCAGUGAAUAGCGCGGAGGCAAAGGCGUUCAUCCGUCGCUGUCUGGCCUAUCGCAAAGAGGAUCGGAUCGAUGUGCAGCAGUUGGCAAGCGACCCUUACUUGAUGCCUCACAUCAGGAAGUCCGUGUCAGCCGCCCCGGGGGUGAUCGCGUCGACCUCGACCCCCUCUAAUAACAGCGGGUCAAACUGAGCACAGCGCUCUGGGCGAUCGAUCGUACGUUACAGACAGGAGCGGGGAAUCCGUGCUGGUGGGGAAUGCUGACUUUCUGCCAAGAGGGAGGUUGGGGUGGGGGGAUUGCGGCGUGAGUGCGUGCGUUCUCCUUGUUUGCCCACCCGUGGGGGGGAAAACCCCCCCACCCACUCAUCGCUGACUCUCCAGAGAGCUGGGCCAGAGGCCACGGGUGGGGGGGGGGUCCGGGCAGCAAGGCAGACUGUGGGCGGAGGACAUGCACCCGAGCCCGUGACUGGCGGUUGCUGCUGAGUGGACAGUGAUCGCAAUCUGUGUGUCCUGCUCCUCGUGUCGCAGCCAGUGCAGACCCAACGCUGGAACUGAAGGUGGCUUCGUGCUGGAGGCCAGACAACAAGCUGGAUGUCUAUAUUUAAUGCUUCCCCCCCACCCCCCUUUUCUCCCCAUCCUCUUCAGAAUAUGAAUGAAUAACAUCUACUUCAAGUUAAGCACAAAUACUAACCUGGGGAGUCGACACUUCCAAAGGUUCCUGUUUGCCUGUAGGUGGCAGUCGUGUUGAGUUUUAAUUGGAACAUUGAUAGAUACCCUAAAUAAUUGGACCGUCCUUCCUCUCUCUCUCUCUCUCUCUCUCUCACUCUCUGUCUCCUGCGC